AUGAUCAACCUGCUGAAGCUCUGCUUGCUGUCUCUCCUUGCCUCCGCUGCAUUCGUUGCCGCGGAGGUCGAAGAGUCGACUGCUGGAGACAAGACUGACGUUGCCAACCUCGACGACCACAUCCAUACUGCUCUCAACACCGUCUCCGACAAGUUCCGUCAUGACAAGCUGGAGGCAGUCCACAAUGAGGAUACCCCUGUUGCGACUCGUGUCGUGAAGCUGGUCAAGAGGGACAGUCACGGCGGUGACAGCACCAAUUCCAGCUCUGCUGCCGACACGGCGUCGACCACUGCUCCUCCUACCGACGCUUCGCCUACGACCGUGUCACCGUCAUCGACGACGACGGAGCAGUCACAAACCUCUCCUUCUUCCGCUACCUCGACUGCUACCACCCCGAGCUCGUCGGAGACCACCACGCCGUCAAGUCCAUCGGCUCCCUCCUCGCCUUCGGUCACGACGACAGUCAGCCCCUCCCCAGGCGCCAGUCCUUCUCCGACAACGUUCACGACAACCGUUUCGCCAUCGUCCUCGUCCUCUUCCUCCUCCUCCUCCUCCUCCGAAUCAUCCUCUCAAACCUCACCUACGAUCACCGCGGCUGCUUCGUCCACCACUUCCCCGACAUCUUCGUUCACGUCGACAAUCAAACGGACCACCACCCUUCCCGACGGGAGCGUCAGCACCGUGACCUCCUUCACGGUUGUCCAGCCGAGCCAGACGGCCCAGACCGGAUCACACCACACUUCUCCACCGAGUCUGCAGACGGCCGCCGCUUCUCCUACCAGGGGAAUAACCAUGGAGAUGCUGGCUAUGCUGGGCGGUGCUAUUGCUGUAGCUAUGGCACUGUGA